CUGAAUAAUGACGGACAGGAGAGGUAGGUGUGUUAGUUCUGGAGGUCCGUUCUCCUGGUGACUUGGUGUAAUCACGCAGUGGAGCUCAGUCACUUGGUAGCACGGAAUAAGAGACAAGAUAUUUGAGCUUGAAAGUGGAAUCACGGUCGACGUCUAGCUCAUCAGUUGAGUAACAUGUACUAAAUGACAAUAAAUAUUGAUUCUAGCCAGUAACCCGUUAUUGAAGUUCGAAAUAGACUGGGGCAAUUGAAAAUCCAAGUUGUAACGGUACUUGGUAAAGUUUACUGAUUAAUCGAUUAUUGAUCAAUCGGAUGAGUGAAAAUCUUGCGGAUAACGAUCGGUGAUCGAACUAUUUCACCUACUAUUGAGAUUGAAACAGGAAGGGGCGUGUCGUUGACUCGCUUAGUCGGGAAAUGACUAUAUCUUACGCUAGUGAAGUCCCAAAUGGAUCCAGCUUUGGCUGUUUCUGGAGAAUUCUCAUUAAGUGGCGAGGUUCAGUUUACAAACUCAUAUGGAGGGAAUUAUUAGCCUACCUCUUCGUCUACUACAUGAUAAAUUUAACUUAUAGAUAUGCACUUAACGAUCAACAACAAAGGAUAUUCGAAAAAAUUCGAUUUUAUUUCGGAAAUUCGAGUGAGUCGAUACCGAUGUCGUUCGUUCUGGGAUUUUACGUAAGUCUCGUUGUUAAAAGAUGGUGGGAACAAUAUAAAUUACUUCCUUGGCCCGAUAACUUGGCUCUCUUCAUCAGUGCAGCCAUACCAGGAAUUGACGAGCGCGGACGAUUGAUGAGACGUAAUAUCGUCAGAUACGCUGUACUGGCGUACGUAAUUACACUGCAAAGAAUUUCAUUGAGGGUUAAAAGACGAUUUCCAACGCUUCAGCAUAUUGUAGAUGUAGGCCUGAUGAUGGAGUCGGAGAAGAAAAUAUUCGAGAUGAUGAAUAAAAAAGCUGCAAUGUCGAAGUACUGGAUGCCAUUGGUGUGGGCAACGAACAUUAUAAAUCGAGCAAGAAAGGAAAAGCUCAUUGAAAGUGAUCAUGUAGUUCAAACACUUUUGGUUGAGCUGAGUGACAUUAGAAAGCGAUUAGGUGCUCUAAUUGGAUAUGACACGGUGUGCGUUCCUCUUGUUUAUACUCAGGUAGUUACUCUAUCCCUUUACGCGUACUUUUUUUCCGCCCUGUUGGGACGACAAUUUGUGGAGCGCUCGCCGGAUGGAACUGGUUCACCAGGAAAAUAUGAAGAUCCAGACAUGUAUUUUCCAGUUUUCACAACUCUUCAGUUUUGCUUCUACGUCGGAUGGCUGAAAGUCGCUGAGGUGCUGAUAAAUCCUUUCGGUGAAGACGAUGAUGAUAUAGAAUUGAAUUGGUUGAUCGAUCGUCAUAUUAAGGCUGCAUACAUGAUUGUCGACGAGAUGCACGAGGAACACCCUGAGCUGUUGAAGGACCAGUACUGGGAUGAGGUGGUGCCGAAGGAUUUGCCAUACACAGUAGCCAGUGAACAAUAUCGACGGGAAGAGCCCAAAGGCUCAGCUGAACACUACAAAGUAAAGGAGAGCGAUGCUCUUUACGCUAAUGUCAUGCUGGGAACUCAAAUCCACAGUGCAAAUCAGCACAGAAAAUUGCAUCAGGAUGACAUGUACGCAGAUUACGAGAGUGUCGACACGCCAUUGGUUGAGCGACGGAAGAAUUGGCUGCAGCGUCAGAUAACGCGAAUGGGUUCCGUCAGGAGUUCAUCAACAACGUACAGCAGCAGUGGAUUUUUCUCGAGAAAUCGUCAUAACAGCGUUUACAGCAGCCCAGAGAGUGGGGGAUUACCACAAACAAAUCCCCAUCCAAAUGUCAAGAUAUCUCUGUACGAUCGUCUUGUAGGUAGAAAGAGUAUUCGGAGUCAGCGUUUAGGUCGUCAAGGAACGAUGACAAAACUCCACUCAGUUCCAAUAUCACUUAAAAAUCGGCCUAGAAUCCCUACACCAGACGUUACAAAAGAAGUUGUGGAUCGUGAGCAGAGGCUUGCAUUAUCAGUGAGCAAUGCUGCAACUAUUGGCGCAGGUGUUGUAGGUGUUAUACCUACGACUAAUGGCUCUUAUGCAACAGAUCUGCCAGUGGUGCAAGUUGUUUUAUCACCGAUCCAAGAGACAGAGUCAACUCCAUCCGUUGCCAGAGGUGGUACUGCUGCAGCUCUUGCUCAAGCUGUUCUUCCACCGACUCUCACAAGCGCUGGAUUAGUCACACCAGUUACUCUAACUCCAGUGACAAUGAGUCAACUGACUGAAUUAGGUCUUGUCACAACUACAUCGGCAUCGAUGCCACAAUCGAAUGGCAAUUGCCAGAUUACUUUGACUGAGGUCAAUAGCAGUGAGGAGGAGGGACUCGUUGGUGGUAGCAAUACAAGCAAUUCCAGAAAUGGGAGCAUAGGCACGGAUCAUGAGAAUCGAUCAACAGGUGAGCAUAAAACCAAUGAAUCCACUACACAAUCUGAUGCUAGGGGAAGGCGGUCUAGCUCACUGCCUGGAUCAGCCCCUACCAUGCCACUCAGAGAGGACAGGAGUCUGUCAUUACCACACGAAAUUCAAACAAUUUCAGCAACAAAUAAACAUAUAAAUUCGCUUCUCGCGGUGUCUUCCGGAAUAGCGAAUCUACAGGGGAGACAAAGAACGAGUAGCGUUGGUGGGGACUUACCUCGACCGAGACUUCAAGAGUCUCAGAGGAGAAUUAGUACACCUGCUAGUACAAAUCCGUCAAUGUUAACCGGUAAUGGGCCUGCCGGAUGUUCAAGUGGAAUCAAGAGGGGCGAAGUUUACGUCUGACGCGAAUUUUUUUUCACUUUUCAUCGUGUGAAUAUUGUCAUUUCAUUUUAAAAAUUGAUUAUUUCAGAGAGGGGAAGAUUGUUAGGGGACACCUGACAAUCCUAAUGGUCAUAAUAAUGAGUAUAUUUUCCAUAAAUAAUUGUAUAAAUUAUACCAGUUCUCGUUUACGUUGGUAAGUCGAUGAGAUAUCGGUGUUCACCGUUGUACAAUUGUACGGGAAUUUAGUGACUCAGGAGAACAUUAUUGUUCAUUGAGAAAAAAAGUGUAAUAUGAUAGGCAGGAGACUCAAGAAUAAUUCAUUAGAAUCUCGAUAUUACGGAUAUUUUUUAUGGUGACUAAUGAUACUUCGUAUUUCAUUGAUGUAAAUACUUUUUUUUUGUUGAUAUUCUCUUUUUUCUAUACUCUAAAAAAAAAGUCUAUCUCAUAUAUAUUAUUCAUUAAAAUGGACGGAGGUGAAUAACUCACUAGGCACUAAAGGAAAAUCAUAGAAAUGAACUUUGUGAUAUGACUGAUUGUUGAGGAUUUUAUCAAUGUAAAUGUUAUAUAUUCUCUCAUACGAUAAGAUCUGAUCGUUGAAAUGGCGGAUUCGGCCGUUCACUAUUUGGUGGUGUGAAUGAAUUUGUUUUUUAAUCGAGAACAACAAAAGACGAAGAUAUCUGCGGUUAUUUCUCAGGAAAUAGGAUAUUUCCGGACUGUUGCCAUGGGGUUUCUCACUCGUGUAGAGUUGAUGACAAAGACGAGUGAAAAAAAUCGCUUGCAAUUGCUUGGACAAUAUUUUUUCGUAUUGAUUCUCAAGUUUUUAUGUUUGGUAAAUACGCAGUACCGAUUCACAGACGAUAAAUCGUUAGAAGCGGUACGGUUAAAUAAUUUUCAAUGUAAAAUGGGUGCUUCCUACUCCGACAAGCGAAUGGCCAAUGUGAUUGCUGAACCGAUAGCCUAUUGUCUCAUGUUAUCAAUGUAUUUAUUAUGAUUAAACGAUUAUUAUUCAUAUGUAGCCUGAAAUGAUGGAAUGAAUCUCCUUGGAGAUUAUUGUGUGGAAUCGAAUCAGCUUUUUACAUUAACAAUAUUCCUGGAACAUUGCUCAAUAAUGCCUCAAUUGAAAAGGUCGAUUGGUGUGCUUCGUUUACCAAUGUAGUCGAUGAGUUUGUUAGGAUAAAUUGUGAUGGGGGCCUCGUGCAAUCAUUGUGUAACAUAUACACUAAAUUUUAUUCUCAAUCGGACGAGUUCAAAUCAUGAUUCGAUUAUCUAUGAAAGUUCAGUAUUUGUGUAUAAUAGCCAAUAAAAUCAGUUGUUUUUAAAUAA